GCCAUGUACCCCAGACGGGACUGCGCCGCGACUCCACGAUUUGAUGGACCCAAGAUGUUCGAAUCAAGUUGGAACUGCCCGGCCCUUGUUCGAAAUGCUCCAUUCUUUCUCCGAUGACGGAUUACCGAGGCGAAAAUUGCCCUGACUCGUCCCUGGAAAAAUGAGACGAACAGGAUUUCUUCAAAUAUGAACUCCCCCCUGACCACAUUUCCCCGGAUUUCUCUCGACCCGACCUCAACAACCUCCUCAACGAGGUACCAUCCAGCCCAAAAGCUUGGCUUGUUAGCGUCCGGCGCGGCAUUAAUUCGACGCCGGCAAGGCCACAGCUGAAAUCCUCACACCUCGACUCCCACUUCAGGGGUUCCGCUCGCUCCCCGUCGAAAUGGUGUCAAACGCCCCAGUUGCUGGCCUCGGUCCAGAUGUCUCUUCAGAGAGGAAGAAAGAUAAGGGGCCCGACGACAUCGAACCAGCCCCGCCGAUCUAUUCCCCGGACGGCGAGAUGAAAGAUGGCUCGGAGGAAAUCAACUAUCAUACCCUCACCUGGUGGCAAGCCGGAGUGGUCAUGAUUGCGGAGACGGUGUCGCUGGGUAUCCUCUCGCUACCGGCCGUCGUGGCAAACCUCGGGCUGGCUCCCGGGAUUGUUGUGAUGGUCUUCAUGGGCGUGUUAUCGACAUACUCGGGCCUCGUCAUGGGAGAGUUCCGGAAAAAAUACCCCUGGGUGGAGAGUUUCGGCGAUGCUGGCGAGGUGAUGGGCCGGUCCAUCGGCAUGGGCAAGCUUUUCCAAGAGGUUUUCGGCUGGGCCCAGGUCAUCUUCCAAGUCUUCGUCAUGGGCAGCCAUCUCCUGACAUGGACGAUCUGCCUUAACACACUCACGGACAGCGCGGCGUGCACCAUCGUGUGGGGUGUGGUCGGCCUAGGUGUCUUCUGGGUGCUGAAUACCCCCCGCACCCUUCGAGCGGCGGGCUACUACUCAUUCGCCUCUUUCGCGUCCAUUUUCACGGCGGUCAUGAUCACCAUGGUCGACGUGGGCAUCGAGAAACCCAUCGGCACGACCAGCAUCGAGGUGGCGCGCACCAUCGGGUUCAGCUCCGCCUUCCUGUCGGUCACCAACAUCGCCGUGGCCUUCAGCGGACAUUCGUGCUUCUUCAGCGUUAUGUCGGAGCUAAAGCAGCCCAACGACUGGCCCAAGGCCCUGAUGCUGCUGCAGGUGUGCGACACGGUCCUUUACAUCAUCGUCUCCGUGGUGGUUUACAUCCACGUCGGCCCCAACGUCCCCUCGCCCGCCCUCUCCGCCGCCGCCUCUCCCAUCCUCAGGAAGGUUAUCUGGGGGAUUGCCUUGCCGACUAUCGUGUUGGCGGGCGUAAUCUUCGCCCAUGUAGCUGCCAAAUACAUCUUUGUGCGGGUGUUCGCCGGCACGAAGCAUGUCGCGAAGCGCACCGCGGUGGGCCGAAUCGGCUGGCUUGGCAUCACGGCAACCAUUUGGAUCAUCGCCUGGAUCAUUGCUCAGUCUAUCCCUGUCUUUAGCAACUUGCUGGGGCUGGUAUGUGCUCUGUUUGCCAGCUGGUUCUCGUACGGAAUCCCGGGGUCUCUGUGGCUAUGGAUGCACUACGGGGAGUGGUUCACGACACCCACGAGGACUCUCAAGUUCGCGCUCAACGCUCUACUGGUGCUGGUCGGCCUACUGCUGUGUGCCUUGGGUCUGUGGUGCUCAGGGGAGGCCAUUGCUCACGAUGGAGGGACGGAGCCAUGGUCUUGCAAGAGCAAUGCUGCGCCGUAGCUAAAUGCCCCUUAAUGAUACUCUGUGUGUUCUA